GGAGAGGCGUGAUCAGACACAGAGAUGAACCCGAGCAUUCAGUGUGGAAAUAGACCCGCCUUCGUCUGAAAAUAACCGCGGCGCCCUGAAACAGGAAACUUGUGCGCUUCACCUCUUGCCAGGCUUCACCGAUGCGUUCAGUUGACAGUUGAGCAGGUUCCCAAAACAAAAUCCACAUCAGCGCCGCAACACCUCCAGCACUGGAAGGGAGUCGUUAGGAAGGAAAAAAACAAAAACAAAACAAAACAAAAAAACUUAAGACAGAUGACCUCUUUUUACGACGAGAAGGAUUUGGAGGAAGAGCUCAGUCGAGUCAACUGCCCCGAUGAGGAUUUGCAGUUUGAGUACUUGUUUGAAUAUGAACCACCUUGCAGCGACUUUGCUGCGGGAGAUCAAGAUGACCCCAACCUCGCACCUCACAAAAUCCUCAACCCUGAGUCCGAGCAGGCCUUCCCUCUGGAGCAGGUCUCCCCUUACGGCAUCAAGUCCUGCAGUCCCUCCUACAGUGACCACAACACUGAGGUUCUCUCAGGAUAUGAGAACCAGGAGGCCAGACACUACCUGGAUGGUACCCGGCCUUCAGGCUUGGCUCUGAGCCCGCGGAUCGAGAUCACCCCCUCCCGUGAGCACUACAACCAUGUUCGGGACUCCCUGCAGAACCACCACCUGAACAUUAGCCCCAGACCCACCCUCACUGUGCCGGGCCAUGAUAACCUGUCGUACCGUGAGCCUCAGUGCCUGAGUCCCGCCAGCAGCAACUCCUCCACCAGCUGGCACUCGGAGAGUUACUCCCCCUGGGCGUCUCCUUGUGUGUCCCCCAGCAGCGGCCAGAACCCCGGAGACCUGUGCCCCAGAUUACAGAACAUCCACACUGUCCCCCGCACCUCCCCCGGCACCUCCCCUCGCACCAGCCUAGCGGAGGACGGCUGCCUGGGAACCCGCUCGCCCUCCUCCAAACCUGGGUCCCGUUCCACUUCACCGCAGGGCAAACGCACCUACGACAUGUACAGGAAUCCAGGCCUGGUCCCAGUGCACCGCUCCCGCAGCCCCUCCCCUCACAGCGGCCAUGAAGAUCACAACAUAGGUGCCCACUAUACACACAGCAGCCUAGCCGAUGCCAUGAAUGGUUUUGGCAACGGGCAGCCAGGCCUGGUGCCCACUAAAAUAGUCAAGACCUCCAACCAGGUCUACACUCUGUACCCAGAGAACCACACGGAAGGGAACUACUUGGUGUCCUGCGACCAGGACUUAAAAACCAAACCUGCUGCAGAGCCUUUCUUUGUAAUGCCCCCAAUCUGGUCCAAGCCGCUGGUUUCCAGCAUCUGCAGCAUCCCUGUGGCUUCUCUCCCCCCGCUGGAAUGGCCGAUGCCCAGACGCACAGACCAGUAUGAACUCCACAUCGAGGUGCAGCCCAAACCACACCACAGAGCUCACUACGAGACAGAGGGAAGCAGGGGUGCAGUCAAAGCCCCCACAGGAGGACAUCCUGUUGUGCAGUUACAUGGCUACAGAGGCAAGGAGCCGCUGGGCCUGCAGAUCUUCAUUGGUACAGCAGACGAGCGCAUCCUCAAGCCCCACGCCUUUUAUCAAGUCCACCGCAUCACUGGUAAGACAGUUACAACUACCAGCUAUGAGAAGGUUAUCCACGGCACCAAAGUCCUUGAGAUCCCCCUGGAGCCAAAGAACAACAUGAGAGCAAUAAUCGACUGUGCUGGGAUCCUGAAGCUCAGGAACGCCGACAUCGAGCUGCGGAAGGGCGAGACGGACGUCGGUCGGAAAAACACCCGCGUUCGUCUUGUGUUUCGUGUGCACAUACCUCAGCCUGGAGGACAGCACGUCUCUCUCCAAGUGGCCUCGCAUCCUAUCGAGUGUUCCCAGCGUUCAGCACAUGAGCUUCCCAUGGUGGAGAAGCAGGACAUGGACAGCUGCUCCGUUCUGGGCGGCCAGCAGAUGAUCCUGACUGGGCAGAACUUCAGCUCCGAUUCCAAGGUCAUUUUUUUGGAGAAAACUCAGGAUGGGCAGCAAAUCUGGGAAAUGGAAGCAACAGUGGACAAAGACAAGAGCCAGCCUAGUAUGCUGUUUGUGGAGGUGCCGUCCUACCGAGACUCGUCCAUCUGCCAUUCUGUCAAAGUGAACUUCUACGUCAUUAAUGGCAAGAGGAAGCGCAGCCAGCCUCAGCAUUUUUCCUACACACCACUGUCAUCUCCAUCCAUCAAGACAGAGCCCAUAGAUGAAUAUGAACCAGACCACAUGGGUUUCACCGUGCCUCAGAUCUUGGGCUUGUCCCCCCACUCCUACUACCAUAACCCUCGCAACGUCCUCCAUCCAGACAACGGCCUGGUCUCCAGCAUGGCCUCCUGCCAGCGUCUCAGCUCCAGCCUUCCAAACCAAGACGCACGUUUCCAGCAGCAGAGCCCGGCCAUCGUCUACUCCCGCGGGGGCAAGAGUCUGAGCGGCAGCCCCGGCCUUUACCAGCAGACCGGAGGGUUGAUGCCUGACUCCCACCGGUCGGUCCUGGUCCACACAGGCUCCCCGGCUCAGGCUGUAGGUCCCAUCGGUGCGGGCCAGCACCCUUCUAUCAUCCAGUUCUCCCCCACCAACCACCACCUACUUCGGGGAGGUGACCCUCAGCCUCUCACGGCCCCGCAGCCCGACAGCCAACAGAUCAUCUACUGCGAUAGCUACUCCCCACAGGCAGCCGCCGCCCACUCUCCCACAUCCCCCCAGGAUCAGACAGCGGUGACCCACCCUCAGCACUACCCCACCGUCAUACAGCAGCAGACGUACGUGCAGAAGGGGCAGCAGAAAGGCCGGGCUCCACCUGGCACGGAGGAGAUGGAGGCUCCAGGAGAAGGACAGAGGAGGGUGACGGUCAAGGAGGAGAACUUGGACCAGGCCUACCUAGAUGAUGUGAAUGAGAUCAUAAGAAAGGAUCUGACCGGCGUCCAGGCCAGAGGGCAGACAUAGAGGACGGACCCGAGCAGGAAAUUACAACAUACCCCCCUCCGCACCCUCCGACACACACACACACACACACAAAGACAUGGUCUUCAACCUACCAGGAGGUGACGCACAUCCACCAACAAUCCGACCUUCUCUUCCUCAUUUUCUUUUGCCAUAGAGAAAGAAAUAUAAGCUCCCGGCUGCUGUGUUUGCUUUGGAUGUUUUCCUACAAUAAACCGUUUCAUUUGGCAAACAGAAGAAUUCAUAAAGUCUGCCACAGACACCUAACAGGUUUCCAACAGCCGAAACUACAGGCAAAUGUGCCUUGUUUUUUAUAUUUCAUUAUCUGUUGAAGUUUGGAUGCAGUUUGUUUUACAGAGGAAUAGAGAUAAAAUGAAAUAAAGCUUUAGCCAUACUGUUCAGGUAAUGAACUCCCACCUGUUUGCCUCAAUACUAGUUACUGAUAGUUAUGUAGCAGUUUAAAAUUUGUGGAUUUUCUUUUUCAAGUAAAUUGAUUGGUCAAUAGCUUGAUUUCGUACCAAAGAUUCAGCCCAAAUAUUAAA